AUGGAAAGUCUUGAAUUAAAUAAUAAAAUAUUAAUUUCAAAAUGGAAUCCAAAUGAUUAUUGCAAAGAGAAUCAGGUUUUCAAAAUUCCACAGGUGAAAUUCAAAGGAUAUCGGGCUUCAGAGAAUAAACAUUCAAUGUCAUUGGUGGAUGAAAUCGAGAGUUGGAGAAGUAGAUGGCAAUUGGACAAGAAGAUCGCUGAGAAUGGUUGGAGAUUUGCGGUGGUAUCAUUUACUGAUAGCGACAAACAACAGUUGGAAUGGUUGAUAAAGAUUUUUGAAUGGCUGUUCAUUACAGAUGAUCAAUUGUUAGAACCACUCGGAUAUGUUUCGGAAUGUAAAGGAAUCAAUGGAAUGUCAAUAGAUGAUUAUAUUGAAAAUUCAUUUACAAGAGAUGGAAAACACGAUCGAUACUCCACAAUACUCUGGGAGAUACUCAACGAAAUGUUGGAACAUGGUUGCCUGGAGGAUUCUCUCAAUGAAAUGUUAGAAGAAUACAAGAAAUGGAUGCAUUCUAUUAUCAAGAAAACAAAAACUCUCAACUCUGAAACGACAUUCGAAGAUUACUAUCAUUUUAGAGAAUUGGAUUCCAGUUCAAUUCAAGCAAUCUAUACAUAUAUGGCAACCACAAGAGUAGAGCCAUUGUCAAUGGAAAUUGUCAACUCUAAACUAAUGAAAGAUUUCAUCUAUUCUUAUGCUAUAUCCAACUAUUUGGUAAACGAUCUUUAUUCAUUCAACAAAGAGAUACCAGAUUCCAGUCUUUCAAACUAUAUAAAGAUUCUUACUUUGAACAAUAACAGUAUUGAGAAAUCUAUCAAUAUAGUUAUCAACAUCAUAAAUGAACACUUUGAAAGAAUGAUGGUAAUACACGAUCAACUGUUAUCGCAAUAUAAAAACAAUAACAGUCUAAAAGAGUUUGUUCAUGGUAUUGUUAAAAUUACAGUAGGAAAUCUAAAGUUUUGUCAAACCACUCCAAGAUAUUCUGUUCAUUUAGAAGAGUAA